UCCUUAAUAUGGCAAUAUUGUGAUUUUUGCCUUGCAUUGCCAGAAAAAGUUCUUUUUUUGUUGAUUUAUUUUUAUAAAACACUCGCUUUAUAUUUUAUGCAUUUAAUUAGGUUUUAUGAUUUAUUGACAAUUGUAAAACUGCAUAAAUUUCCUAAUUUUGUUGUUUAACUCUCCUUGUUUUUAUUUUUAAUUUUCGUUUAUUCGUUUCAAUAAUCGGCGGCAACUAUAAGCCUAUAAGGAAUCAAGCUUGGAAACUUAGUUUGCAUACUUCUGCUGGUCAUAUUUGAUGCCUGCUGGUAGUCAAACUCCCAAAUCUUCAACUUCUGACACCUCCACAAUGAAUGGGGAGAAUGGGAGCAAUAACAUAUGCCGGGACUAUCUAAGAAACGUCUGCAAUAGAGGUAAUAGUUGUAAGUUUCGCCAUCCUGAGGGUGAAGAGGCUAAAGCAUUGGGUAAGAAGGAUCUUAUUUUUUGUCAUGACUUUCAGAACAAAGAGUGUAGGCGUGUUAACUGUAGAUUUAUUCAUUGUACUAAACAAGAGGAAGAAAUGUAUCGUACAAGUGGAUUCAUAUCAGAACAAAUUCUGGAAAGUGCUGCCCAGAAAGGGGGUAGUCAACUUCUGCCCAGUAUUCCAGUCUGUAAGGACUUUUUAAAAGGUGAAUGUAAGCGAGGUGGACGCUGCAAGUUCAGACAUAUCUCUUCAGGGUUAUUUCAUAUGGAAAAUAACAACCUUGGACCUCUUCAACCACCACGCAGAGGUCCAUUUGAAAAUUUCGAGCGUGCGCCUUUCGAUGGCUUUGGAGUUUGUGAACCUCAACCCAAAAGACAAGCGUAUGAAGACCAUUUCACCCCAUUUAACAGUGGUAAUGGGGUGCCAGACUCUCAUCAGCUUCUAUCACAUUGUCGUUUACUCCAAGAUGAGAAUGCUAGAUUAUUGCAUAAAGUUGAGGAACUGAAAAAACAAAUAGUUGAUUUGACAGCUACUAAUGAUUUCCUGCGCGACCAAAACGAACAAAUGCGUGGCUUAGCGGGUAAAGAUUGGUAUAUGUCUCCAUAUCAAAACUCUUACCUCUCUUAAUGAGGGUUCAGUAAUUGUGUAGCUUUUACAUCUUUCAUCAUGUGUCACAUUGUUGUUACAUAAGUUUUGAAGCAUUGGUGUUAGUACAAAUCUUUAGUGGUUUUACA